UGAAGUAAACAUUUUUUUUCCACCACUAGCACUACCGGGGCGAAGUCGUACACAAACAUUGUAUCAUUGAUAACUUAAUUCAGUUUCAGUCUCGAACCGUGGAGCUGAUCGAGAGAUUCGCCUGUCGUUUGUAAAAUAACUGUAGUGUAAGGUAAUUUUGCCUCACCACAGUAGUGCUACCCGCUAGUAAUCAAGGAUCUUUGCUAGUAGCAAACAUUAUCUGUCACAACUUACUCUGGUUAGGCUAGCUACUACUUUAGCGCUAGAAGCUAGCUGUUUAGCUGGCUAACUUCACGUUACCAUGUCAGGACAGUGAAGUUAUCUGUGGAAAGUAAAAUGUUGCAAAGUCAAAGGAAUCGCCGGCGAAAAGACUGGAUGAUGAAAGACAACAGCUCUAAUUUUUAACACGGCUGGUUAGUAUGCUGGACGUGGGGAAGUGGCCGGUGUUUGCACUCUUGCCUCCCGAAGAACUACGGCUCAUUCGCCAGGCGUGUGUCUUUGGUAGUGCGGCUAACGAGGCCCUUUAUGUCACUGUCAACGAUGAGGUGUUUGCCCUCGGCACCAACUGCAGUGGCUGCCUGGGUCUUGGGGACGUGCAAAGCACCAUUGAGGCCCGGAGGAUAGAUGUCUUGUGCGGGAAGAAAAUUGUGUCUCUCAGUUAUGGCACAGGCCCACACGUGGUAAUUGCUACAGCAGAUGGUGAGGUGUACGCCUGGGGUCACAACGGCUACAGCCAGCUGGGCAACGGCACAACCAACCACGGCCUGACUCCGGCUCUUGUCUCUACCAACCUACUCAACAAGACAGUGACCGAGGUGGCCUGUGGCUCCCACCACACCAUCGCACUCACCACAGAUGGAGAGGUGUACGCUUGGGGCUACAACAACUCUGGACAGGUGGGUUCCGGGUCCACGGCCAAUCAGCCUACACCGAGACGGGUCAGCAGCUGCUUGCAGAACAAGGUUGUGGUGAACAUCGCCUGCGGACAGCUCUGCUCCAUGGCUGUGCUGGAUAACGGGGAGGUCUAUGGCUGGGGCUACAACUGCAAUGGGCAGCUUGGCCUGGGCAACAAUGGCAAUCAGCAGACACCGUGUAGAAUUGCUGCCCUUCAAGGCAUAACCAUUGUGCAGGUGGCUUGCGGUUAUGCUCAUACCUUGGCACUCACAGAUGAAGGAUUUAUUUAUGCUUGGGGUGCCAACUCCUAUGGGCAACUUGGCACAGGAAACAAGAGCAACCAAGCAGUGCCCACACUUAUCAACAUGGAUAAGGAGAGGAUGGUGGAGGUGGCCGCCUGUCACACCAGCCACACGUCUGCUGCCAAGACGCAGAGCGGCCAGGUGUACAUGUGGGGCCAGUGCCGUGUCCAGGCCGUGGCAUGCCCGCAUCUCGCCCACUUCUCCACCACCGACGACGUGUUUGCCUGCUUCGCUACGCCUGCCGUAACGUGGCGCCUCCUCACCGUGGAUGGGGAUGACUACUUGACGGUUGCUCAGUCACUCAAGAGGGAGUUUGACAGCCCGGAGAUCUCAGACCUCAAGUUCCUGGUGGAUGGGAAGUUUAUCCACGUCCACAAGGCCCUUCUGAAAAUAAGGUGUGAGCAUUUCCGGGCUCUGCUGAACGAGACCGACGAGGAUUCCAUCGAGGUCCAUCAGUUCUCCUACCUGGUAUACCGCGCCUUUCUGGAGUACCUGUACACAGAUACCAUCAACCUGCCACCUGAAGAUGCCAUAGGACUGCUGGAUCUGGCCACCUACUACAGAGAGACUCGGCUGAAGCGGCUUUGCCAGGAGACAAUAAAGAGGGGCAUCUCCGAGGACAACGCCAUCACACUGCUGUCGGCCGCCGUCAAGUAUGAGGCCCGGGACCUGGAGGAGUUCUGCUUCAAGUUCUGCGUCAAUCACCUGACGGCCGUCACUCAAACCCAGGCCUUCAACGACAUGGACCACGACCUGCUCAAGAACUUCAUCAGCAAAGCCAGCCGCUACGGGGCCUUCAAAAACUAGAAACCCUUCCGGAGCCUGAGAGACCAUGGAGAACGGGGACAGACUGGGGGGAGAGGGAGAAAAUGGAAGCCUGGAGGGGUAGAUGGCUGGUGAGGCUGGUGGCUGGAGCCCCAGUGGUCGGAUGCCAGCCAGGCAUGACUGCACUUUCUGCUGCAGGCCUGUGAGCACAUGGAAAGCCAAGGCAGGAGAGGAGGGCCAACGCCAAAACCACUGAUGGCCCAGUCAGCGCAGCCUUAGGGGAAAGGGUUCACCACACCAAACCUGCUCACACCGAUCAUUCGAAAGGGACAUGGAUAUGGAUUGACUAUUAUAUAUGUAUAUUUUUUAACUGUAGUCGAAGCACCAGUGUAGCUGUUCAAAAGCUGAAACGGCUCAUUAAAGGGAGUUCUCGAGAGGAAAUGUCCUCAGAAACACACACACUCACUCACUCGCUCUCUCUCUCUCUAAUUCUGUCACUCACACACACACACACUCCCCCCCUCAUUCCUCCUUUUUUUGUGAUUUAUAUAAUUGGACAAAAUUGGAGUACUAUAUAUAGCGUCUAUACAUGUAAGUCGCAAGACUUACUAAUGCAUAAAUUGCAUUAGACUGGGUUCCUGGUCGCUUUGCCUCUCUCACUAGUGCCCCCUGGAUUCUCUCUGAGAACAUGCUUCCAAAAAAAACCUUCAUUUUGUUGGUGGUAGAUUUAAAAAAGGCAAUUCUCCCAUGUGAACCAUGUGCAUAGAACGAGGUGUGCUGUGUUUGGGGUGUUUUCUGUGACACAUUGUUGAUGAUUGUUUUCUGUUUUUGAGAAAACAAGCCUUUCCACUGAGAGGUCAACAGCAAAAUGAGUGCUUAGGCUAGGUCUUCAAAAAACGCGUUUGGAUCCUCCCAAAAUGUGGCUGUACAAGAAAGCACAGCUCUUUGUUAAUAAAUAUAUAUUUUUGUUUUAUUAAACCACAAUUUAUUAAAAAACAGAAAAUCCAACAAAUAUAUGAAAUAAUUCACUUCUGUUACCUGUGGCAAAGUAUCCAUAUUUGUGCUUUUUGUUCCAUGUUAUUGUUUUGCACAUCAAAAACAUCCAAUUACUGAUUCAUGUCCAAUUUAUGACCUGCAAGGCGAUGUGACACAUGUCAUAGUAUUAUUGUAUUACAUAUUUGUGCUUUAUUGAAAUAUUCAUUGAAUGUACUACUUUGUCUUUAGCAAAGGUUUAGCAGUGGUGGUGUUGACACCGAGUGGGGGGGCUAAGACCUUAAACAACCUUGCUCUGUCAAACAUUAACUUUCUGUGCCCAGCUGAAAGCACUGUCCUGACUCCAGUUGACCAUGUUGUAGACGUUUUAGCAGGAUGUCCAGGCAGUUGAGCUUUAUAACCAACAUGCCAAUGAAUCUCAGCUUUUCCCAACACCUUAGUCUCUCCAAAUCACAGCUAGCCAUCGUAGGUUUACUUUAGCCAUUAAAUUCAUAAGCUGCUGAUUUCUUUUAUAACUGGGAAAUGACAAUGGGAGAAACUGCUAAUUUGCUUGCUUAUUGUUUACAAAUGUAUGUUGUUUUUGUUUGUUUGUUUGUGGUUUUUUAAGUAAGGGGAUGAGGGUUUUUUUUGCAAAUUUGCGCAUUCAUCCCCCCCCAUCCCUUAUAGACCAAUGGCAAGUAGCUGCAAUGGUUUGCUUUGUCUGGUGGCCAGUCCAGUGUAAUGCUGCCUAUGCACCAAAACGGCUUCGGAGGGAGCCCUCACUUUUUUCCCUCUUCUUGAUUUUGUUCAACUGAGAAUUUGCAAUGUUCCAGUGGUGUUGCCACACCACUCAAAUAAAUGGACUUCUAAAAGAGGUGACAAAACUACUUGGCAAUGUGCAACCAGGUCUAAUGUAUUUUCAGUGUGUAAAUAAAUGUCAGUGAGAACACG